CACAGCCAGUCCAAGGGGAGGAGGGCUCCUACACCUUCCUCUCCCCACGCCGCAUCAGCACAGCACUUAGAUCCCAAAUUGCAGCAGACAGACCUGUGGCAGGCGCUCAUCUAAAACUCUCGGAGCCCACAUGGGGCCGCUUGAAUCAUGGCGCUGCACUGUAUUACUUCUGAGACCCCCACCACAGCCAGCUCCUGCUCCACUGAGCCCCUGUACGACAACUGCCCACCUUUUACCCAGCGAGGGAGGGCCAGGGAAGAGGAAAAGGAGGGAAGGGCUGCGAGCCCUGCUGUAAUCAGACUCCCGGGGCCCUGCAGCCCUGCGCCGCGUCGGGCCCCAGCUGUGAAUGCGGGUCCCACGCGGGCCGGCGGGGGGAGAGGGACUGGCGCUUGGCCAGAUCACAGCCACUGCAGCCGGGGAGGAGGCCUGGGAAGACGGGACCGGGAAGCAGAGCCGGGGCCACGCACAACAAACCCAGCAAGAGGAGGAGGAGGCGGAGCAGGAGAGAGGGGGGGUGGCUGCGGAGCCGAGGACACAGCGCAUCAGAACCAGAGCGACCAGCACAGCAGCGCGCUCUCUCUGUACGACAACCUCCCCGUCAGCCUCCCACAGGUCUUUGACAUGGAAACAAGGGUCCAGGAGCCCCGGCAGGGGCCCCCAGCGUGGCCCCCCGAGCAGAUCCAGGCCCUGAUGGAAAGCGAGGCGGUGAAUCCAGACCAGGACGCAGAGCGUGAACGGGAGCCGGAGCCGGACUCGGGGUCCUGUGGGUUUAAACGGACAGAAACUCUCCAGCUCCAGGCGUGGCCCCCCCAGAACCUGGUUACAUCCAGCUCCCCUCAGCCGUCCCCAAGCCAGCGCAGGGUCCCGUGGCCCCGAGCGGAGCAGCCGCCCUGGUGUCCCAGGGUGCCCCCCCCACUGCCCCUGGCGGACCCCUCCGCCAGCGCCCUUCGCAGCCUCCUCACCAGCCUGCAACAGCAGAUCGCCAGACAGAGGGAGGAGUACGAGGCCCGAAUACUGGGCCUGGAGCAAAGAAACGGGGAGCUGCAGGCUGAGGUGGUUCUGUUGAAAACAAACCUAACACAGCAGCGGAGCUGGUACCGCGCCGUCCGGUCUAAGAUCCAAGAGUCCGAGAGGAGCCGGGCCGCCGCAGAGCUACGCAACGCCACCCUGCAGAAGGAGAUGGAGCAGUUCUUCGACACCUUCGGAGAGCUCAACAACGAGGCCAAGAAGACCGACUACAUCGUCAACAGCUUUUGAGAGAAGAGCACGUGAAGUGUGUGUGUGUGUGUGUGUGUGUGUGUGUGUGCAAAGAGAAGGAUGAAAAGGCUGAUUAAACUCUUGCAUAGUGACCGUAGCAGUUUGGCACAAUCCAUGCAGAAUAUUUACUUGCCUAAUCGGGAAAGAUUUGAAGUGUUGUACAGCUUUCCUAUUUCAUGAAGAAUCUGAGAAACAUGGAAAUCACCGAUGUCCACUUUAUUAGUUACGCACGGGCAAAAGAUGUUGGCCAAGUGAUGGUACAACACAGGACGUCUCUGAAAACGAGAAACUAACUGAACUAAAUAGUGAGAUGUGCAGGUGUUUAACCUGAGCUUUGUAAAGCUCAGACCGAAUCUGAGAAGAUUUGUGAGAGAAGUUGCCACUCAACAGGUCAUUUAAGUCAUGACUGACAGAACAACGGCACAUUAAAAAUAAUAAAAAAUAAACGCAUAGAGUGCAACAGUUAAAACAUUAGUGAUACUCCAUAGUGUAUAUUUCUGCAUGUCCGUCACAAUGUGCAAUCAGUUCUGCAAAAAGCAGCUCCAAUGUCCAGUUCUCUCAUGUUUACGUUUUUCCCUCCAAGGUCCAGAUGUUCCCUCUGGACUCUGAGCCUCAUCCUGCUUUUAAACCCACGAGCUUCCUCCAGAGCCUUUGCCCUUAGAACCAGGCGCUGCUGACUUUAAGGACGGUUUAAAGGAGAUGAUGGACAGUACAUUUGUGUGUUCUAUAAGACACACACACACACACACACACACACACACACACACACACACACACACACACACACACACACACACACACACACACACACACACACACACACACACACACACACACACA